GCCAUGACCAAAGGCAGACGGUGAAAAAUUAUGGUGAAUCUUUAAAUGCAGCUUGGCUGUUUCUGCUGGGGAUUUCUAAAAGGCAGCUGGGGAUUGGACGGCAGAGGGUCCCGUGGAGGUUUCUUCCUCUCAGAGAAGGCAGCCAUGAUCAGCCGUAACUUCAAGAACGUGUUGGUGGUGUCAGUCGGGUUUCUGUCUCUGUUCACGGCUUAUGGAGGCCUGCAGAGUCUGCAGAGCAGCCUGAAUGCAGAGGAGGGGAUGGGGGUGGUGUCCCUGAGCGUCAUCUACGCCUCCAUCAUCGUCUCCUCCAUGUUCCUCCCUCCCAUCAUGAUCAAAAAUCUGGGCUGCAAAUGGACCAUUGUUGUCGGCAUGGCCUGCUACGUCUCCUACUCCUUCGGAAACCUCUACCCCGGAUGGUACACCCUCAUCCCCACCUCAGUGAUCCUGGGUUUGGGCGGCUCUCCUCUGUGGUCGGCUAAAUGCACCUACCUGACCAUCUCCGGAAACGUGCAGGCUGAUAAGGACGGCAAAAAGGGCUCGGAUGUCAUCAACCAGUACUUUGGCAUCUUCUUCUUCAUCUUUCAGUCGUCUGCCGUGUGGGGAAACCUCAUGUCGUCGCUCAUCUUCGGACAGGACACCAGCAUAGCUGUCAUCCCGGAGGAGCAGCUGCUGACCUGUGGAGCGGCUGACUGCGGCCUCGUCAUCAGCAGCAACAGCACCUCCACCAGGCCUGCUCAGAAACUCGUGUGGACGCUCGUCGGCUGCUACAUCGGCGUCGGCUUGCUCGCCAUGCUCAUUGUGGCGGUGUUUCUGGACAACAUUGACCGGGAGCAGACCAGCCAGUUCCGCGGGAACCGGGAGCCGUUCUGCCACACGUUCCUGGCCACGUUCAGACUGCUGAAGGACUGGAGGCUGGUGACCCUCAUCCCCCUCACCAUGUACAGCGGCUUCGAGCAGAGCUUCCUCGCCGGGGAGUACACCAAGAACUACGUGACAUGCGCUUUGGGGAUCCAUUUUGUCGGCUUUGUGAUGAUGUGUUUUGGAGCCUCCAAUUCUCUUUGCUCGUUUCUCUUCGGGAGACUCGCUCGGUACACCGGCAGAGCUGCGCUCUUCUGCCUGGCUGCGGUGACCAACCUUUCCUGCAUCAUUGCUCUCUUGUACUGGAGGCCUCAUCCUGACCAGCUGCCGGUCUUCUUCGUGUUUCCUGCCCUGUGGGGUAUGGCUGACGCCAUCUGGCAAACUCAGACCAACGCUCUUUAUGGCAUCCUUUUCCCCCGUGACAAAGAGGCCGCAUUUGCCAACUACCGUAUGUGGGAGUCACUCGGUUUUGUUAUCGCCUUCGCCUACAGCACAUUCCUGUGCCUGGAGUAUAAACUGUACAUCCUGCUGACCGUCCUGCUGCUGACCGCCGUCACUUACCCCAUAGUGGAGUACUACGAACACAAGAAUCCCACGCAGCCUGUUGAACAGGGGACCUACUCAGGUCAAAAGAAAACCAAGGAAACGAAAAACAUCAUAUGCCAGACACUAUUAUAGUGUUUUUAGCCUCAUGGCUAUUACUGAUGCCAAACUGUUGAAACCGAAUGAAACCAGUCAAAACUGCACACUGGGUCUAAUAUUCACUGGUUCAACCGUAUAAAACAUAAAGAAAAGGAAACGUGAUAAAGAAAAACAUCACAACACUCGACACUGCAACAACAAUACUUUGUAUGUGUGGCUUUUUUGGGUAAAAUAUUUUGUGCCUUUUAUCCCCAUGAAGUUGAAAAUUCCAGGUAUAUGAAGAUUAAGCACAAAUUAUGUUAGUUAUCAAUCUUACCCGUCCAAAUUUAAUGCUUCGUUUGUGAUGUUUAAGGGUUGUUGUUCCUGUCCAAUUAUCAAAGCACCAGAUUUUGUAAGUAGCGUCUCACACUGUAAUAAAUGUUACUUUGCUCUGAUUGUCUAACCUAAAUGAUAUACUGUACAUUUAAACUGCGACGUGUUCAAUAAAAGUAUUAAUAUUUUGA